UUCUACAAACUUUUGAAAAUGAAAAAAGAAACAAAGAAAGAAGUAAAAGGUACAACCACACAAACGUAAAGUACACUCUGAAGCAGGCUUUAAAACUUUAAAGGGACUCGGCAAAUUGAAAGCUUUGUUAGGUUAACUCAUUUAUUUUUCUUGCGAUAAAUCGUAUAAUUUAAUCAGAAAGAUAAAUUCCAACACGGUGUUGUUCAAUUCUGUGUAUGGUCAUCUAUGGAGGCAGAUAGGUUAAAUUCUCCACACACUUCUGCAAUAUACAUUGAAGUUCUAGGUCAUCAGCUUCAGUUUUGCCAGGAUCCUAAUUCGAAGCAUUUAGGCACUACUGUUUGGGAUGCAUCUAUGGUUUUAGUAAAAUUUCUGGAAAGAAAUUGUCGAAAGGGGAGGUUUUCUCCAUCUAAACUGAGAGGAAAGCGUGUGAUUGAACUUGGGGCAGGUUGUGGCGUAGCAGGAUUUGGCAUGGCAUUGCUUGGAUCUGAUGUAGUUUCAACUGACCAAACUGAGGUUUUGCCAUUGCUAAUGAGAAACGUGGAGCGUAAUACUUCAAGGAUAAUGCAGACAAUCUCAGAUCCAGAUUCAUUUGGUUCCAUACAGGCUGCAGAGUUGGACUGGGGUAAUGAAACUCAUAUAAAGGCUGUUGGCCCUCCAUUUGACUAUAUCAUUGGGACUGAUGUUGUUUAUGCGGAGCAUCUUUUGGAACCACUUUUGCAGACAAUAAUUGCACUGUCUGGACCGAAGACAACAAUUUUGUUGGGUCAUGAAAUCCGAUCGACAAAUGUCCAUGAAAAGAUGCUUGAGACGUGGAAGAGAAAUUUUGAGGUCAAAACUGUUCCAAGAGCAAAGAUGGAUAGUACUUACCAACACCCAAGCAUUCAGUUAUACAUAAUGGGCUUUAAGUCACAAGGAAGUACCUCGGAAAUUGUUCGCCAGAUGGCUCAGCAGCAGACGGAAGAGGUUGGCGAAACAGAAACUACACACGGAUCAGAGGAAGAUGAAAGUAAAAAUGGAUUUAAUCAAGACGACGCGACUAACAAUGAGGGCAAGGUAGAUAACAACCUGGUUAUGGAUCUAGAGAACACGAAGCUUAGUGAAUGGGAGGCUAGAAGAUGUGGUGCGAUGGCUGCUAGGCUUCUUCGUGAUGUCAAGAUAACAUAAAUUAUAGAGCUCCUAAAAUGGCAUUACCAUUGCCAACAUUGUUGCACGCUGCAUUACGUGUCAAGGACAUUGAGGCAAGAUUGUCUUUCCACCAGAAGAAGUACUAGUCUUUGAAGUGCCUCUUAUGGUCCAAGUUCAAGUCAAAAAUGCAUGGAAAGAACCAAAGUAUUAUGCUUCUGCAAAGUUGGACAUGCAAGCUUUUAGUAGCGUACCACCAAUUGCAGCACGGAGGUGUGUUAGACCUCAGUUUUCGAACUUGUUUGGGUUUUUGAAGAUGUGAGAAAAAAGAUGAUUUCUCAAUCUAGUGACUUUAAUGUUCAGUUUAGAUGUUGAUUUCUUACUAUUUUAACAAGGCUGAUGAUGCUUCGGUUAAUCAAGGCUGGCCAUAACUCCAUGCACAAGAUUGUAAGCAAAACUCGAAAACAAAGAAACAAAAAAGGUUCUUGAACUUGUGGUCUUUAACAAUAUUGUAGCACAGUGUCCAAUAUUAGUCAUAUAGUAGGCAAGUGGAGGACUUCUAUUUUAAGGGUGUUCAUGGCUUCAUGGUACAAUAUGGUACGGUUAUAAACAUUUCCGAUAGUUUCCGGUUUGAAAAAAAUGUUCUCUA